AUGGAAAUAGGCUUUGUGUGCCGUAAAUCCGAACCUGAGUCUGCAUGUGGUUGUACAAUCCCGGAACAAGCUGAAUCACAAGAAGCAUGCCCUGAAGAUCGAGAGAUAUUAAGAACACGACCUGAGGGUGUCCCGGUAGGGGCGAAAACCUCGGACUACUAUAAAGUGGCUGAAGAUCUUCCUAAAAAAUUCAACGAACCAGGUGUGUAA